UUCCUGUUAUGACCUUGGAACGGAAAAAAAUAUACUGAAAAUGUCAUCAAUUAAAUAAAGCAAAUAAUUUGAUGCAGGAGAUCACACUAUGGAUGAUGUGCACAUAUCUCCCCGCAGGCGGGAGUCGCUCAGCAGAAGAAGGACUUCUAGCGUCAGGUCGAGUCAUAUGUUCGGUCGCUUUGACAGUAAAAACUUCGCAUUAGCAGCAAGCGCUAGAAAUGCGCAAAUUGAACAGCAAGAAAAGCUGGUCAAAAAACUGAAUACUUACUACAUACAAUUAAAAAAACAGAUCCUACAACACCAGAGUCCGACACUUGGACUGUUUCCUGAUAUUGGUAAUGAAAAACAUCCUACCCACAUCGCACACAUUAGAGCCAGCAUCUAUUGUGCUGUGGCUGUGUGGGCUUUAUCCCAGGCAUACAGGAAAGUAGAUGAUGACCAGGGUAGGACGCAUGAGCUGGCCCAGAGUGCCGUCAAGUGCAUGCGGGGAAUUCUCUUCUGCUGGAUCAGACAGGCAGACAAGGUUGAGAACUUUAAAGCCAAUCAGAGAGCUGAGUACGCUCUUCAUUCAGCGUUCCACAUGGUAACCGGGGACCCUGUUUACCUUGACGACGAGUACGGACAUUUACAGAUCAAUGUGAUUGGCUUAUAUCUGAUAUUUCUGGUUCAGAUGAUUUCCUCUGGUUUACAGAUCAUAUUUACGACAGAUGAGGUGAAUUUUGUCCAAAACCUUGUGUUUUAUGUGGAGAGGGCAUACAGGACUCCUGACUACGGGACCUGGGAGAGGGGGAGUAAAUACAACAACGGGUCGACGGAGAUCCAUGCCAGCUCAAUAGGACUGGCCAAAUCCUCCCUGGAAUCCAUUAAUGGCGUCAAUCUCUUCGGAGAGCAGGGAACGUCUUCCUCUGUGAUUUAUGUUGAUAUUGAUGCACAUAACAGAAACAGGACGAUAUUCGAGACAAUUCUUCCCAGAGAGUCAAAUUCUAAGAACACAGAUGCGGCUCUAUUAUCUACCAUUGGUUGGCCUGCGUUUGCUUUACAUGAAGAAGAAAUCAAAGUCCGAACAUUUAGUAAAGUUCUUCGCAAACUGAAAGGAAAAUAUGGCAUCAAGCGGUAUUUACGUGACGGAUAUCGGACGGUACUGGAGGACAAUAAACGUCGCUUCUAUAAACCCGCAGAAAUCAAAUUGUUUGAUGGAAUCGAAUGUGAAUGGCCAGUCUUCUAUGUCCUACUCAUGAUUGACAAGGUGUUCCAACAUGACAAGCAGGGUGUAGAGCAGUACGCUAAAUUAUUAGAGCCUCUGUUAUAUGACUCGGGUGAAGGUAAACUGAUCCCUAAGUUUUAUUAUGUGCCAAAAGAAAACAUUGAGGAGGAGAAGAGAGUCCCUGGGAGUACGAAUCGAUACCCGAGUGCAGAAGGGUCAACCGACGGAACGUACAUGCUGGGACAGUCUAUUUACUUCAUUUCACAACUACUAGUUCAUGGACUGUUGAACCUAAAUGACCUUGACCCAAUUAGGAGACACCUGCCAGCAUCAGAGCGACCCAAGGUCAACAUGAGAUACUCAUCUUUCCAGAUCACGCCCCCUGACCUUGUGACCCAGGUCAUUCUUAUCGCGGAGAGCGCGCGUCUACAGCAGCUUCUGGCUACGUACGGAAUCCAGACCCAGACGCCACAUCAGAUCGAGCCCAUACAAAUCUGGUCCCCCAAAGAGCUGUCCAAAGCCUACGAGUACCUCGGGGUCAACAAGAAGCUGGGGUUGACAGGAAGACCAAAGCGACCAUUCGGCGUCCUCAGUACUUCUAAGAUAUACAGAGUUUGUGGCUCUACUGUGUUAUGUUAUCCCCUGGUUUUUGAAGUCAGUGACUUUUACUUGGCCCAGGAUGUUCCCAUUAUGCUUGAUGAUUUAAAGAAUGACCUGGCAUUUCUCUCCAAGUGUUGGAAGUUGUCAGGGAGACCCACUUUCUGCAUGAUCAUCAGAGAAAGCAAUGUCAGGGGACCUAACUUUGGUGAGUUCUUGGAUCUGCUCGCUCAGUUUAAACGCGGAGAUGUGGAUGGGAUAAGAGUCCGGUUAGGAAAGCUUCAG